GGCAAAACCCUAGUUAUUUCAGUCUUUCAUCUUUUCUAUCGAUCAUCCUGUUUCAAUCUUUGAAGCGAUGAAGAAGCUGAAGAAGGAGGCUUCUAUGCCUUCUCACGGUCCCGAGCUCAAAUCUGUAAUCCACAAGCAUUCUCUGUUCUUUGAUGAGUUGAUUGAGCUCAUACCUGCGAGAUUCUAUUUACCCUCUGAAGACAAAGGGAAGCCAUGGUUCCGGGGUUUGAGCAAGGUUGCGAAAGCUUCAGCAAAGAAAGAAUCGAAAGAAAAUAUUAAGAAAGCUCGAAGAGAGAGAUUGGACCCGGAGAAAUCUUCCACAACACUAGACCUUCUGAAGAAAAGUUUGGAAAACGAAAAAACUGGCGACAAAUCGGAGGAGGAGAACGAAAACGAGGAGAUUGAACGUGAUGGGCAUUCAAAGGGGGAUGAUCGAUCAGUCACAUACGAAGAACUCAGACAACGUCUGCACCGUCGAAUCGAAGAGCUUCGGUCGAAUCGAGGAACUGAUUCUACAGAUAGAGCUAAGAGGGAGAAGAGGGAGAAAAGAGAGAGUAAACGGAAAAGGAGCGCAGAACCUGAAGAAAAGGAAUCGAAGGUUAAGGAGUCGGCCGCCAAGAUCGAGAAAGACGUUUCUGAAGCCACAGAGGGACUAGCGUUUGGUCAUGUGAAGCUUGGAGACGAAGGUGAGCGUGGCAGAAAGAAGAGGAAGCUUUCUAAGUUCCAGGCGCUUGAAGAGGCAAAGAGGCUGGAGGAGGCAAAGAAGGACCCGGAGAAAGGUGAGAUAAUCUCGAAGAAACAUUCAUGGAAAGCGGCGUCGGGUAGAGCUGCGGGUAUUAAGGUUCAUGAUGACGUUAAGAUCUUAAACAAGAGCAUAAAGAAGGAAAAGAAGAAGCAUCAGAAGAAUGUUGAGAAGUGGAAGGACAGAGCCGAGACUACGGAGAAGAAGAAGGCAGAGAGACAGCAGAUUAGGUCCGGUAACAUUGCCGAGAAGAUUCAACAAAAGAAAAUGCGGAAGAUUGCAAAGAGAGAGAAAAAACUAAUGCGCCCAGGUUUUGAAGGUCGCAAGUAGGGGGUUAUGAGAUUCCUGAGUUGGAUAUCUAAAAAAAUUUCAGGUUAUUUUCGUUUCUGAAAGAAACUUUAAAUCAGAAAUUCAAAAUCGAAAAGCAAGAGGCCCUUUUGCUAACUAUCAUGGGAGUUCCUUUGCCACAUUUAUGGGUGCCGAUCAUUUAUGGUUGCAGCGCUCAUGAUCUAGGAGGGUUUCUUGUUUAUGUAGACCCUUUUUUUUUUUGCUUUUCAUUGUGUUUUCUGGUUGAUUUUUUCUAAACAUAUGUCUUCAUCUGGAAUCAUUGUGGAAUCAAUGGUUCCUUAAUGCAGCACGAGACUUGCUUCUUGCUGUGAUUUUUCUUAGUCAAUGUAACUUAUUUAGUGCCAGUUUCUUGAUUGUUGCUGCAAAAUGGACCUGAUAAUUUCUGAUA